AUAAAUGUUUUUUUAAUAUUUAGGUAGGGGUCCAUUAAACUAAACAUGGGGGCGUAUAAAUAUAUGCAAGAGAUCUGGAGAAAAAAGCAGUCUGAUGUAUUGAAGUUUUUAUUGAGAACAAGGUGCUGGUACUUCCGACAACUGAAUGCUGUACAUAGAGCUCCAAGACCAACAAGGCCAGAUAAGGCAAGAAGGUUAGGGUACCGAGCAAAACAAGGUUAUGUUGUCUAUCGAAUUAGAAUUCGUAGAGGAGGCCGAAAGAAGCAAGUUCCCAAGGGAUGCACUUAUGGUAAACCCAAGAACCAUGGUGUUAAUCAAUUGAAACCAGUGAGGAGUCACCAAGCUGUAGCAGAGGUAUGAAUCAAUUCUGUACAAUAUUAUGUAACAGCUUAUAUGCAAUGAUAUUAGUUUUUACCAGUACUUUAUGGUACUAGUACCAUGUUUUUUAAAGUGCGUACCCUGCAUUACAAGAAAAAUUCGCAUUGCACAUUUCAGUAUCAUUUUUCGCUGCUCUCAAUGUCAUUGUAAAUCCGUGUUUUGGUUCUGUUCCCCCUUUUGCAGUUAAUGCAAUAGAAUUCAUGGUUUUUAAAAUUUCAUUCGAUACCAUUUACCACAAUUUUUGGUAUUAGUCAAUAGCAUCAUAAAUCCAUGAGCCAUUUCGGUCGUUAUAUAGG